UAUAUAUAAAAAAGAAACGCUCUCGACGAACCGACACAGUCGACCACGAGAGAGUCUUCGGUUUGGUAGUUCGAUUUUUACAACAAGCAAGCAACAACCCGCCUUUUAUACACAUACCAAAGCGCCCGGUUUUGCAACCAGUCUCAGUCUCUUAACUGCAACUCGUUCGUAAACUCCCGUUUGCGCUUCUUCCGAGAGAGAUCGAGCUUUUUUGACAAUUCAACGCGGUCAACAAAGUUUUUGUGGUGGUUUUUUUUUUUUUGAAUCCUUCGUUUUCAUCAACGAGACAGUCAUGAACGGUGCCAAGGAAUACGUCAAAGCUCACGGACUGCAGUCGCGGGACGCGAGCGACGUCAUCGAGGAAUUCAGCGACGAGAUCGCCAACAUGACGGGCGUCUGCCUGGACAUCGGCUGCGGACCGGCCGUCGUCACCAGGGAUCUGUUUCUACCUCGUCUGCCCAAGGAUGCCACCGUCGUCGGUGCCGACAUAUCCAAAACCAUGAUCCAAUUCGCCCAAGACGAGCACGCCGACGAGAAGCGGCUCUCCUUCAUCAAUCUCAACAUAGAGACGCAAAAUCUACCGCAGCACCUCGUGAGCGCGUACGACAACGCCGUCUCGUUCUAUUGUCUGCAUUGGUGUCAAGACGUCAGACAAGUGUUUGACAACAUUUAUCAAAUGCUUCGCCCAGGUGGAAAAUCUCUGGUGCUAUUUUUAGCCCACAAUACCGGCUUCGAGAGCUAUCUCAAGCUGCACAAGGAUCCAAAGUACAACCCCUACAUGAAGGAUAUCUCGAAAUACAUACCUUACUUUCAACGCUGCGCCAAUCCGAGAGCGACUCUGAAAAAGAUCAUCGAAGAGUCAGGGUUCGAGGUGAUGCACUGCAGCUAUCGGGAAAAGACCUUCAUCUUCAAAAGUCAAGAAAUUUUGAAAAAGCACGUUCAAGCCGUCAAUCCCUUUACCGAGCGUAUGCCCGAGCACGUGAAAAAAGAGUACGAGGAAGAUCUGCUGCGCGACAUCGUGAGCAGAAAGUUCUCCUUCAUCGACAACAACAACGAGGGCGAGUCGAAGGACGAUUUUCAAAUUUUGGACAGAUAUCACGUGCUCAUAGCGCAUUUCAAAAAACCAACGUAUAGAAUUAAGUGAAAGCACACAAAUUAUUUAGGAGUGAACCAAUUUUGCAUUAUCUGCGCAUUCUGUACAUAUUCUGUCUAGCUUUUUUCCCCCUGCUGUUAGUGCCUUCACGCAUGUACAAAGUAUUUUCUAGUGAUAUUUUAUGUAGAAACAAAUUUUUAUUGUUAAACGAUCACAGUUCCUAAAACUUUAUGGUAUGUGAAUUUCUCCGAGAGACAACCUUCGAGAAGACAAAAUUAUUUAAUGAAUGGCAAUUCAUUCGAUUUAGAAAAACAUCUUGAUGUAAAAGUAUUCCAGCAUAAUGA